CGGGGCUGUGAGAACUGACUGGCUUUGUCUUCACUUUUUUUUUAUUUUUUUUCCUCCUUUUUUUUUUUUUUUGCCUGCAAAAAAGUGCACCCCGGUCUGGUGUAGCCGGUGUGCCCCCCCUUGCCAUAGCAUUGCCAAGGCAGAUCCGUCACCUCUUCCUCUGGACGGAUUUCCCCUUUUCGGUUUUUCAUGUACUUUUCUCGGCUUUUGUUGUUGGAGGCUGGGCCUUUCUGUCUCGACAAAUCUUAAAGGAGAGCUGGGAUCUGUUCCGAAGCUGUCCGCUGCUGCCUCUCUUGUCUUUUAGAUAUAUAUACAUAUAUCUAUAGCUAAAUCAAUAAUUUUUUUUUGGUGGGUGAAGCGAGAAAGCUGGUCUUUCCUGCAAACCCCAAUAAUAAAUGCUGUUUAUGAAGAUGGAUCUGUUGAACUACCAGUACCUGGACAAGAUGAACAACAAUAUUGGCAUUCUGUGCUAUGAAGGAGAAGCAGCAUUACGGAGUGAACCCCGAAUGCAACCUCUUCCGAUGCCUACUGCACUCACCAAUCAUCGGACGGGCCCGCCGCCUAUCAGCCCCAGUAAGAGGAAGUACAGUAUGGACCAAGGAGAUGAUGAACUAGACUGUGAAAAUGACCACGUCGCGAAGAUGACCCGGAUGUUCUCCCCUCACUUAACCAAGGGUCUUAAUGGAGAUUACAGAAAAGAUCUACGGGACCGAAGUCGCAGCCCAAUAGAAAGAGCAGCAGCUCCAACAAUGGGUUUACAUGCAAGUCAUAUGUAUUCAAUUCCACCUGUCAGUAUGGAUCAACCUCUGGCCCUCACCAAAAACAGCGACCUGUCCAGAAGUUUGGGGAUGACACCCAGUAUGAGCCCUGUGGAACGACAGCAGAACCGACCAUCAGUGAUCACAUGCGCUCCCCCAAGCAACCGGAACUGCAACCUCUCUCACUGCCCAGUUGCCCAUAGCGGUUGUGUUUCGGCUGUGCCAGCAAGCUUUAGGCGACCAUCAAACACUUCAACUGCUUGCGACCCUGUGGUAGAAGAACAUUUUCGCCGGAGCCUCGGCAAGAAUUACAAAGAACCCGAGCCAGUAGCAAACUCUGUGUCCAUCACUGGCUCGGUGGAUGAUCACUUUGCCAAGGCGCUUGGGGAAACCUGGCUCCAGAUCAAAGCGGCCAAGGAUGGAGUGUCCAGCAGCCCCGAAUCUGCGUCUCGAAGAGGCCAAUCUUCUCCUUCCUCUCACAUGGUCAACCUUAAUCACUCCCCGUCUGUACUGUCAUAGAGGGAAUCUCUAUGAGAUCAGGAGCAGCUGCUUUCACCAGGCUUUGAAAGAAAAAAAAAUGCUAAAGAUUAGUGUCAGGGGAAGGGGAGUUAUUGUUUCUUUGUGUACAUGCUUGGCACAAAGUGGAUGCCUUUAAAAAAAAAAAAAACCUUCUAGCAGGAACUAUUGUCCUUUUACAUUGUAAUGUAGCAACCUAAUUUCCUGCCUUUGUUACCAAAGAACCAUCUAAAGCAAGCCUGCUACCCACUGACUGACCCACCACAAAACCCACUCAUUGUUGCAUCACACCAAUUGGUUGAUCCAAAUGCUUUUUGCCUACCAGCUUCUAGAACUAGCGUGCUUUGUGCCUUUUUACUCCAUGGUUUAUUUCUUUAUGUAUAUACUUGAAAAGAACUGUCAUGUCUGAUUUGCACUAUUAAGAGAGGAUCAAGACUUCUUGUGAUAUGCUUAAAUUCAGAGGGAAAACUGCACAGAUGUAUGGAUUUAUAUAUGUCCCCUGUAGAUACAGGCAUUUUGUGGGUUGGACCAACGGAAACAUGGCCAUACAUAGUAGAUCCAACAAUAUAUGGGUCUUCCGAUGACAAAUGAAGGAGUGGAUGUGACUUCAGAAGACCCAGUCCUUUGUCAUACUAGGAGAUAAGCAGCUUCCAGAGGUGACUGGUUGUGGUCUGCCUCCUUCUCUUUACUGAGCAUGUAUAGCCAACUAAAGGUCUGUACAAUACACUUUUAGAAUUUGGCAAGCAAAAGAUUCCCAAAAUGUCCUCUGUGGACCCUGUGGGGCAAAACAGAUGCCUCUAGUUCCAUAUGAAUGGCCCCGAAAAUUUCUAAAUAUUGGCUUAGCCCACAAAAUGACGACACGCUCCAGGUAUAGGAGAACAGGUCAACUUCCAGGAGGACAUCAUUUAAAGGGGUACUCCACCUCUAGACAUCUUAUCCCCUAUAGGGGAUAAGAUGUCUGAUCGCGGAGGUCCUGCCGCUGGGGACCCCCGCAAUAUAGCAUGCGGCACCCACCUGUUUCUUGUCCGGAAGCUCUAUAGGGUCUGGGUCCCGACCACGGGAACGGAAGUUCGUGAUGUCACGACUCCGCCCCC